AUGCAUAAUGUGAAGCAAAAAAAUUAUCAUCCUGUUGAUGUUGUUUUCGAACAAUUAGGUCCUAGAAUUUAUACAUCAGAAGAUGACCUAUCGGCAGAACUAAAAUUUUACUAUAACUUAUUAAAACUCGAUUCAACACCAGAUGUAUCAGGAUUAUAUUCUAUUGUAUCUAAUAACAUAACCUUAAAAAAUUGCACUCAAGAAAUUUUAGAAAUUUUAGAAUAUAAACUAAAUCCACCUGUUAUUGAUUCUAUGAAAAAUUGGGAAUAUUUAACAUCAAAAUUUGGGUGUUCCAAUGAUUUUGUAAUGAAUAUGCGAAGCCAUUCAAAUCCUAUGAGGGAAUUUAUCAAAUCAAAUGGUGAUAUUAAAUUAAAUAUGUUAUUAAAAGAAAUUGAAUCUAUGAAUAGAAUAGAUGUAUUAUUAAGUUUAGAAAAGCCAUUAAAUAAGUUAAAAUCAUGUGUCAAUAGAAAAUUAUCUGAUUCAAAAAAUCAAACCAAAUUAUUAGUAUGUAAAAAAACGUUUCCAUCAUCUGAGGAUAUUUCAAUUUUAAAUCAUGAUAAAGAUUUUAUUUUAAUCUUACACCAUGAAGUUGAAGCAAAAGAUCGUAAAUAUUUUAAAUGGUUUAGGAGGAACUUGGAAAAUGCUUCAGAUGGUAAAUAUUUAAUUUUUGACUUUGAUAAAUCAGUUGAUAAAUCAAAUCUUUAUUUAAGUACAAAAUCAUUAUUUCAAAGUUCAUUGUUUAUAAUAUGCUUAUAUAAUGAUGAGUGGUGUAAAGUGAUAAAUUCAUUUGCAAAAACAAAUUCAGAAUCUAUAAAUUUAACAGAACUUUUAAAGUGUAAAGUAUAUCUUUCUGAAUUAAUGGAUGGUGAAAUAAUACAGAAUAAAUUUGUUAAUAAAAGAUUUGUUGCUGUAACAGUUGAAAACUUUAAUAAAUCAUUAUUACCGGUUGGUUGGCCACAAAAUACCUUAUGUUAUGAGUUUCCGAAACAUUUUAAAGACCUUUGUACAAAAGUAUUAAAAUAA